AUGGCGAACUACAUGAAGCAGCGUGUGCAGAUGGGCCCGGCCCUGAAUCCCGAGGAGCGUGACAUGUUCUCAGCCGCCUUUAAGAAUUCGCUUACCGAGCGCCGCGUGGCAGUGCGCGUGGCCGACGGUGUGGAGCAGAUGGAGACCGCGGAGGGCCGCGACGCUCACGCUUCGCUUGCCAAAGGAUAUCGCUCCAAGGUCGAGGCCGAGCUUCAGAGCAUCUGUGAGGAUGCCCUGGCACUUCUCCGCACCAUCCUCGUGCCGAACGCAGAGGCCGGGGAGGCCAAGACCUUCUACCUGAAGAUGCAAGGCGACUACUAUCGAUACCUCGCAGAGUGGAACCGGAAUGAGUCGAAGAUGGCGAUUGCAGAGGAAGCGAGGGCGGCCUAUGAGGAAGGCCUGCAAGAGGCGGCUGUGCUGCCGGCCGCCCACCCAGUGAGACUUGGCCUUGCAUUGAACUUCUCGGUCUUCCAGCACGAGGUGCUGCGGCAGACGGACCGCGCCAUCGAAACGGCCACUGAGGCUCUGAGCCUGGCUUCAGACUCGGUGAACGACAUCCCUGAAGAGUCGCGAAACGACUCCAUGAUCACGAUGCAGCUGCUGUCAGACAACCUGAACCUCUGGGCUCCUCAGUGA